UAAAUUAUUGGCGCUGGAGUAGACGGUAGUACGCGCAUGCCCUCUCCGAUUUAUUUUCUUUUUGCAGCCCCGAUUUUCCUGCCCGAACGCGGAAGUCGGUGGACAUGACGCACGCUAUCAGAUGGAGACCGUGAAAUAAAAACAAAAACAUCGCUCGCGCGGACGGGGAAACGCGAGAUUUGGAUUAGUGGUUCUUUCCAUCAUGCCGGUGCUGGUGGACAGGCUUCAGCUUCAGAGAGUGUGAGCUCCACUGAACUGCGGGGAUGAACAUGCCAUUGCACCAAAUCUCUGUCAUCCCUCGUGAUGUCACUUCCUCCCGGGUGUCCAGCAGCGGGAAGGCAAAGGAAAAGGACAAACAGAACGAGAAACCACUCGGUCAUUCUGCGAGCAGGUCCAGCAACAUUUCAAAGGCUGGAAGCCCGACCUCUGUGACCGCACCCUGCAGUUUUCCCAGGACUUCAGUGACACCCUCAAACCAGGAUAUAUGCAGUUCUAAUGACCUCGCUCAGGACCAGAAGCCUUUACAGGCCACUGUAGUGCUGUUGAACUCUAAUGGUAAAAGCUCAGCAUCUCAGGGUGUCACCAUGACCACGCUCUGCCUGGACUCCCCCAACAAGCCCAAAAAUAGGACCUUGUUUGGCACAGAAUGGCUGUCCUUACUCAAACCAUCAGUCAACUUGAAACCAGAAGGAGGGAGUCUCAAGUUCUCAAAGUCUCUGAAUGAUGUAGGACAAAAGAUGGACAGCCUAUGUAACGGCCUCCACUUUAUAGACCGUACGUGUUCGGAUGGGGAGCUGGGAGCCGAGAAGGAACAACUCGUGCAAGACGGCCACAUCAAAGCCGUCAAUGGUCAAGCCAACUGUCCUCCUCCGUUUGCUUCUCAGCCUCCAUCCUUCCUCAACAACUAUAAAUACAUCUCCAACCCAGGGCCGGAACAGUGCCUGGCUCCCCCUGCACCUCCUCAUUCAGACCUUCAAAAAAGCUCCAACUUCCUGCGCCUCAUCUUCCCGUUCAAUCACUCGUCCACCACAGGGAGCCUGCAGGCAUCUGAGAUGGGUAGCUAUGCCUCAAGGCUGCACAUCGGCAAGUCAUCCAGCGCCAUGCUGGAUGUCAGCGAGUCCUGCUGUAUGGAGGAGAUGGGAGAUGACGAGGUGUUCGAGGAGGACUCAUCCCGCUGGAAGCUGAAGACUGAGGGCUUGCGGGCUCCUCUUUGCUCCCUUGAGGAGGACAGCGACCUGGAUCAGUGCUGCUCUCCGCUGUCUGAGAAAAACGGGCCGCUGUCGCCCUACUCCCUAUCGGGGGACUGCUGCAGGAUUUGUCACUGUGAGGGGGAUGAUGAGAGUCCGCUGAUAACACCCUGUCACUGCACUGGGAGUUUGCGGUUUGUCCAUCAGGCCUGCCUGCAGCAGUGGAUCAAGAGCUCAGACACACGCUGCUGCGAGCUCUGCAAGUACGACUUCAUCAUGGAGACCAAGCUCAAACCGCUCCGCAAGUGGGAGAAGCUUCAGAUGACCGCCAGCGAGAGGAGGAAGAUCAUGUGCUCGGUCACUUUUCACGUCAUCGCCAUCACAUGUGUCGUCUGGUCGCUCUACGUCCUCAUUGACCGCACAGCAGAGGAGAUCAAACAAGCGGGGAGAAUACCAGGGAUACUGGAAUGGCCUUUUUGGACCAAACUGGUGGUGGUGGCUAUAGGCUUCACUGGAGGACUGGUGUUCAUGUACGUGCAAUGCAAGGUCUACAUCCAGUUGUGGAGGAGACUCAAGGCCUACAACAGAGUAAUAUACGUGCAGAACCGCCCAGAGACCUGUAAAAAGAGCGUUUUUGAUAAGCCCUCUCUUCUGGAGCCCAACUUGGAGAAUAAAGAGGCGCUCGGGCCGGCGCAGUCGGACACAAACUCUUCCCAGUACACAGAGACAGAGGACUACAGUAUGGAGAUCCUGCACGUCUGAUCGCUUGGCCCACAUACACCCCCCUCCUCCCCCUGUAGAGGACCGGCUGGGGCGUCGCAUGCUCCGGGACACACGGGGAUGCCACACAGCACCGGGCACGAGGACUGUCUGAGACUGAGACUCGUUUCGUUGUUUAGAUGUUAUUUUCUCCUCGUUCGUUUGUCCAAACCUGUUCCUGUAAGUUGUUGGCUAACCAUAACGAAUCAGUGUGCGCUAGAUCUCGGAUCAUUCCAACUACUGCCAUUGUACUGCUGUCGUACACGAGUUGAAAGUCCACCGUUUCGAGCUGUGUGUGUGUGUGUGUGUGUGUGCGCGAGCUGGUUCUGAUGGAGUCGAUGCAUAGAAGCACUUUUUAUUUCCCUGUUCUAAAAGAGCCCCCAUUUUAAUAAUAUAUUCAUUCCCUUUCUACGUGGAUAAGACAUUAAAACAAACUUGAAGUUUUGCGAGCGAGAUCUCACGUUUUAUAGUGCAUUUGUAUCUCCGCAGACCCCUCAGAUGGAACAAAAAAAAAGGAACCCGAAGGAGCGAUGAGGGAACAUUCAUGUACUGUUAUGUAUCAUUCCACUUGUUUUAGAAAUCUUAUGACUGAGUCGAUUCUGAAUUUAGUCGUUGUGAAAUUGACACGACCUAGGCUUUGUUUUGUAUCGGCUGAUUACUAAAUAAUCUGGAUCGUCUAAUUACAAUAUUUAUCCUAUCAAGGGCUAGAUUUACUAAAGUGCGACGCCACGGUUCUUAGCAUGCGCAAAAAUGAUCCCAUACGGUGACUAGUCGCCGGCUAUGCUGCUGAUUUUUGCAUUUGCUGAAGACUUCAGUGCGUUAGUGAAAGACUUUAGUAAAUCAGGCCUUAAAGUGUAUGUCGCGAAUGUAAAGAAUACAACUUUCUCCCCGAGGGAAAUGAACUUCAGUGUAGCAUCAUGCAAGCUUUUGCAAUGAAUCAGUCACGAUUUCUGUGUGUGAAAGAGAUUUACCUUCGAUGUGAACUUUGACUUUUACCAUUCUAAAAAUCCACCAUUUGUUUCUGGUUUAUAAAAUGGAUUAUCCAAAACCUGCUAUUACUUCCGAGAUGAUUUUAAACCAUUUGAACAACAGAAAUGAGGUUUUCGGGAAUGAUUAAAUGACGACUUGAACUAGUUAGCAAGACUUGUUACUGCUUUCGAAAAAACAAUCAUAGCAAAUUUCCCAUGGGUGUAAUUUCAGGUUUGUAUUUAUUCAAUGGCGUUUCAAUGGCUUUAAAUGUUGGGAAAUAGCCAUGUUAGUUUUGGCCUUCGCUCUAACGUGUAUCGACCUGGACAUAUGACUUUGAUCGACUUCCCCAGCAAAGAUCAUUUUUAUGGGCCGUGCUUCUUAUAAACUCUAUUGUGAAUGAAUCUUUUUCAUGCUCUGAUAUGUUCAAAAGGUACAGGAUUCUUCUGCCAUCUAGAGCUACUGCACAGACAAUGCACAUUAUAAUUUUUUUUUAACCUUUUCUGACUGGCUUCGUGCCAUUUGACCAAUAAAAGAUGCUCGUUGUUCAGUUUGCUAACGGCAUAGCUUUUGUAUUCCUUAUCAAGUCGACCUGUAUGCGACCAAGCAUAUUCUUUGGAUAACGUCACAAUGUAUGCACUACAACAAUGCGUUAAUGCAACCCGUCAGCUUUGAGAACAUCCAAAUGAAGCCAUUUUUUGUUGUUCUUGUUGGAGAUGUGAAGAUACACGGAAAACAAGCAUCCCUGCACUGUUUUUUUUUUUGUUUUUUUGUUUUGCCAGUAAAUCCUUACCAGCCCCAUAACAUAAUGAUACGAGACAUUUUACUCAGUUUUAUGGCAGUAAUUAAGAUUCAAUGUAUACAUUUCCCAAGUUUGGUUUCUUUGAUAGCAUAUUUGUAAAAUGAUGGGAGCUGGCUCCUUUUACUAUCUAGUGAUGGAAACGCUGAAACAGACACAUUUUCCAGAAUCUUUUUAGCACUGCACUGCAUCAUAUUUUGAUGGAUGUGUUUUAAAGUGCAGUAAUAGUCUUGUUUGUUUCAUGGCUCGUCAUAGAAGUGUCCAGUGCAUCAAACUGCAGUGCAUUACUACUGAAUUGGCUUGAACAUGGAUAACAUGACUGUUUCUUGCAUCUCCCUCUUUAUUUCUUGUACUUUUUUCUCUAGUAGUAAAUAGUUUCUCUAAGCAUUUUUGAGCAUUAAAAAACAACCAAAUAAAGGAAAUGUAGAAGUUAUUUUCACCAGCCUGUGUUGUAUCAGAUGUUUGUUUUUAUAAAUUACUGUAAUAACGGGUGAUUUAAAGGUCUGAAAACUGCCUGGAUACGUCAAACGAAUUAUUUCCCAUAGGAAAGUUAAAUGAUAUUCUCAGUUGGUCUUUUUACGUGUUGUCAAGGCCUUUAAUAAACACUGUGUCAAAUAGAUAACAUCAGUGGAGUUGAUCAAGCAUUUCACGUCGUGGCUUUCUCAGUGGAUAAAUACUGGUUUUGUGAAACUGAAAAGGCUGUAAUUUACAUGUAUAGUUUUGUAUUUUAUGUAUGUUUCUCUCCCCCCCCUCCCUCCCCUCAGUAUUACCACCUUUAUCUGGUUGAUUUUAGUUUCUUCGCUGAGAUAUGAGUGACUACAUUUGUGCUGUGUUUUUAAGGGGAGUCUGAGUGGAGCAAUAAAAGAAAUCUUAAAUUA